UUCGCAACAACGGAAGAUAUUCGUGGAUCUUCUAAUAUUAUCAUUGAUUUACUUUAAUUAAGUCGUGAUGUAUCCGUACUAUGAAAACGAAUGGGGGAUCCUACCCAUUGAACACAAUAGGAGAUUUAAUCCUGGCCUCAAUAUGGCCACAAUUCGACAAGCGAUCAAUGAAACUAUCGAAAGGGGUAUAAUGCGAAUGCCGACACCGACUCGUCUCAGAGAUCUUAUUCGACAAAUUCGUGCGGCAAAAACACAAGCCGAGGAACGUGCAGUAGUUAAUAGAGAAUGUGCCUAUAUUCGAUCAACAUUUCGUGAGGAGGACUCAGUGUGGCGAUGCAGAAAUAUUGCAAAAUUAUUCUACAUUCACAUGCUCGGUUAUCCAGCACAUUUCGGACAAUUAGAAUGUCUAAAACUAAUUGCAAGUCCCAAAUUCACCGACAAACGUAUCGGAUAUUUAGGAGCAAUGUUACUGUUGGACGAACGUCAAGAUGUUCAUUUACUCAUCACAAAUUGCUUGAAAAAUGACCUAAAUAGUCCAACACAAUUUGUUGUUGGCUUAGCACUUUGUACACUCGGUGCAAUAGCCUCGCCUGAGAUGGCUCGAGAUUUAGCUGGAGAAAUAGAGAAAUUGAUGAAAUCGCCAAAUGCUUAUAUCCGGAAGAAAGCAGUGCUGUGCGCUUUCCGUAUCAUUCGUCGUGUGCCUGAGUUAAUGGAAAUAUUCUUACCCGCAACACGAUCAUUGCUUAAUGAGAAGAAUCAUGGCAUUUUAAUUACUGGUGUAACUUUAAUAACAGAAAUGUGUGAAAACAGCCCUGACACACUCAAUCACUUCAAAAAGAUUGUACCGAAUUUAGUGAGAAUCUUAAAGAAUCUAAUUCUCGCUGGAUAUUCGCCGGAACAUGAUGUGAGCGGUGUUUCAGAUCCAUUUUUGCAAGUAAAAAUUUUAAGACUUUUGAGAAUUCUUGGACGUAAUGAUUCGGAAUCGUCGGAAGCAAUGAAUGACAUAUUGGCACAAGUCGCAACAAAUACAGAGACGAGUAAAAAUGUUGGAAACACAAUUUUAUAUGAAACGGUCUUAACUAUUAUGGAUAUCAAAUCAGAGGGCGGACUACGUGUUCUAGCUGUUAAUAUUCUCGGAAGAUUUUUGCUUAAUAAUGAUAAAAAUAUUCGAUAUAUCGCAUUACAUACAUUAUUGAAGACAGUUAAUGUGGAUAUAUCAGCUGUGCAGCGUCACAGAAGCACAAUCCUUGAGUGCUUAAAAGAUCCAGAUGUCACCAUACGAAAACGUGCAAUGGAAUUAUCAUUCGCAUUGGUGAAUGCUCAAAAUAUAAGAGCAAUGGCAAAAGAACUUUUAAUAUUUUUAGAAAAAGCUGAUCCAGAAUUUAAAGCUCAAUGUAGUUCAAGUAUGGUGCUUUCAGCUGAACGUUAUGCGCCAACAAUUCGUUGGCAUUUAGAUACAUUGUUGAGUAUUUUAAUAGCUGCUGGAAAUUAUGUACGUGAUGAUGUAACAUCUUCAACAAUACAAAUGAUUUCAAGUAGUCCUUCUAAUGAGCAAGCUUAUAUUGCGGUCAAGUUUUGGGAAGCAAUUCAGGAGACACAAGACAAUCAGCCCUUGACUCAAGUUGGUGUUUGGUGUAUUGGUGAAAGCGGAGAUCAAAUGCUGUACAAUUCUGAACAAGAAUUUGCAGGCGAGAAACCAGAUGAAACAGCCAUAAUUGAACUGUAUAGCAAAUUAUUAUGGUCAAAUCAGGUCAAUACUGUGAGUAAACAGUACGCUCUAGUAUCGUUAGCAAAGCUGAGUACGCGUUUUAAAAGUGGACAAAAUGAUAUCAAAGAUAUAAUCGACACGUUCGGAUCACAUUUAAAUAUCGAUUUACAGCAACGUGGCGUGGAAUUUUCGCAGUUAUUUGGUCAAUAUUCUCAUUUGAGGGAAUCACUUUUAGAAAAAAUGCCAGCAAUGACGAUCAAUAAAAUCAAUGGAACCAAUUCAAAUGGCGAUACAAUGGAGGACGAAUUGCCAAGAAUAACAGUAGAGAAAACGAUUAAUAAUAUUGUAAAAUCGAAUACAGAUACACUUUUGGAUCUAUUAGGAAAUGGUGAUGAUAUAAUUUCACCGCCAAUUCAAACGACUUUGACCACAACAGCAGUUCCAGCUAGUAAUCUCUUAGAUCUUCUUGGUGAUAUUGACAUAAGUGCGCCUGCAAUGCCAAUUAUGAAUAAUAACAAUAAUAAUAUCAUCACAUCACCUGUAACAAUGUCGAUUUUAGAUGAUAAUGAGAACACAAAAAUAUCCGAAAGCUUAUUUAACAUGAAUGGCAGUGGAGGUGCGCAAACAGGAAAUUAUAAUGAUUUGGGAUUAGAUUUCCUGUCUACGCCAACAACACAAACUAGCGCAAAAAUAACGACCGCUUUCGACAAAAAUGAUCUACUUAUUACGUUUGCAACGACUAGGAAAAGUGAUUAUGUUGAAGUUGUUAUGACGACAACUAAUAACUCGCUAGAUACAUUAGAACAGUAUUUAUUCCAGGCUGCAGUUCCUAAAAGUUUUCAGCUUCAAAUGAUGUCACCAACGGGCUCCGUAUUAUUGCCAGGAGGAAUUGUUUCACAAGAAAUGCGCGUGAAAAGCAAUUCGUCAAGUGCCGUCCUUCGAAUGAAAUUAAGAAUUUCAUUUGUGUGUAAUGGUAAUCCUAUUUUGGAGCAAGCUGAAGUAAGCAAUUUCCCAGAUGUUUAAUGUCGGCUUAUGACUACGGUAUAGAGAUUUAGAUGAGAUAAUAUAAAUGAUGAUGUAAUAAUUCUGUGUUUAGAUAAUGGAAGCCUUCUUUAUUUGUUGCUGCGCUUCACAAAAAAAAAAGAGUAAAAAAUAAUGAGAAGAUAAAUUUAUUAUUUAAUUAUGUUUUUUUUUCCUCUAUUCAGUUAUUAAUCUGUCCCUUAUAAUUAAUUAUGUACGUCUAAUGAUAUAGAAUGAUGAAGGAUAUAUAAAUUAAUUUUAUUUUAUUCAGCAAAGCGAUAUAUUAUCCAUUCUUUAAUUUUGAUCUAAUUUUUCUUUUGUAUAAAAAGACAUUUAACAAGUUAUCAAAAUUUUACUAAUUAUGUGCUGUUGAUGAGACAAUAUGAAGGAUAUUGAACAAUGUUUUGAAUAUUUCAUUCGAUCUUCUAAGACUACUUCGAAUGAGUAGCUUAAAAACCUUUAUUUUGAUUCAAUCUUAGAGUAGUGUGCAUUUAAAUUAUUGUCAUAACAUCGAUGACUGCUUAAAAACUUAAAAUAAAUACUUCAUUUGACCUGUUUGACCUCAAUUUUCCAUCAAACCUUGAUUAAAAUCUUUACAAAACAUUUCUCAAUAAUCUUCAAUUAUUCGCGAAAUUCAGCACCUUUUGCAACAACCAACAACUUUAUUAUCAUAUUGUAAUAAAUAAUUAUAUUUUUAAUGAAACUGAAUGAAGAUAAGAUAUAUAAGAAAAAACAUCUAUUGCUUUGAUUUUUGUACUUAAUUCCAUCCUACUGUCGUCGUCACAUCAUUCUCAUGUUAUGGCGAUUAAAAAAAUGUUUAUUUCUUUACAACAUA